CGAACAACCGAGCUAGGUGAAGGUCUAGCCUGUGUAUGGAAUGAAAAUCUUUGAGGAGAGGAGGAAGAGAGCGACAUUCUACCUCACCCUGCGGAGAGAUAACACAAUUUGCCAGCAUUGGGCGCAAACAGUGAAUGCCCCGGCCCAGCCGCACUGUUGAAGUGAAGUUCUGCCGCACACCCUGUAUCACCGGUCGUCGCUCUUCACUCGACUCUCAAUCGAACCUUUCCUUUCAUGACCUCAUCCUCCAUUGACAGAUCAGCUUCAAUGGAGAUCGAUAUGGCGGUCCCAAAGGUUGAAGAGGAAGACUACGAGCUUCUCUCUGGGAUCGAGCAAUAUGAACCGCCCUCAUCGGCAUUGUUAGCACAAACCACAUUCGUUUCAGUCUCUAUCAAACUCGAUCCGGCCUUGUUCGUCAACUUUAGCGCCAUUCAGGAGCACCUCGAUCGCAUCUGCGUUCUCGCCGACCUCGUCCGCGCUGUGCAUACCACUAUCGACCAACACGAAGCCAGAAUCCAGCACGAAUUGUCGGAGCUCUGGAGCGACAAUCCCGACAUCCGCAAGCGUGGCCUCCGAGGUGGCACGGCGCGCAAGCAACGCAAGAUCAUCGGCAGAUAUGUCCGCAUCACAACCGUGGACCGCGAACUCGCCGGGCGUCGAUUGGAGGUGGAAAAGAUCGACUACCUUGGCCGCAACCGCGUCGCGGGACUGCGCGGGUUGAGGAAGAUGUUUGAAGAAGCAUUUUGUUUCCUCCGCGACCAGCAACACAAAUGUGAGGAUAUCGUUCGGUGUGGAGAGACUUUGAUGUACGGGGUUACGACGCCCUUGGUGCUCACCCACCUAGCGAGCGUGGACGACGUGUUCACAGCAGGAAAUCUCGAACAGAUGGAGGACAUCGGCGAGAUGUUGGACACCUUCGAUGAAGAGUACGACACAUUCUUGUAGAGGAGAAUUUGAGGACUACGACUGCCGCGGCAGCAUCGCGUUGACAUCCCAUUGGCAUGGCAUAGGAUAUGUCUAUUUGUACGCCGUGAAAGAUCCCAGCUUGUGGCAAACACAACAUCGCGACUCAUAGCAAUGAUUGAUUGAGACAAUGAAAUAUCUG